AUGCCAACAGAACCAAAGCAUGGCCUCGCGGCCCGGACACGCGUUCUCGACGCACACAAGGCUGGGCAGGACUGGGCCUUAGUAGCCGAUUGCAACGGAAUUCCAGCUACAACGGCUCGGACUAUCGUCGAGCGAGGAACCCCGGACAUCAAGAAGAGAGGCGGCGCGCGGGCGACAUGCACUAAGUGCACGCCGGAGAUGGAGGAGGCCCUCGUAGAAUACCUGGAGGAUAACUGCCAAUACACGCUCGUGCAGAUGCAGGAGAUGCUGCACUUCGACUUUGGAGGCCGAGCUCUAAUUGGCCAGCGUGCUGUUGUCAAACUCCCGCCCUCCAAAGGAGCGAACCUGCAGCUGCAAUGCGCCGUGUCACCUGAGGUGGGCCUGGUGCACUACGCUAAACAGAGAGGCAGCAUUAAAAUGGAGGUCAAUGCUGCGUUUGUGGACGCGGUGUACGAGGCGGUCAAGCGCCACGACGUGUACCGCGACCACUUCGCUGGCAAGACGGUUGUCAUUGUCUUAGACAACGCUCCUGCUCAUAGCCAGACUGAGGAUCUGAUUACUGAGCAGGAGGACUUGGAGCUGUUGCGGUUGGCGCCAUACUCCCCCAUGUGUAACCCGAUUGAGGUGUAUUAA